UUCAUUGGUACCCUGUGAUUCCUGUGAGAUUGAAACGAGAGAAAGUUCAGAUACCAACUAAAGUUUAUCGUUGCCAGAUAACGCUGCUGCAAUAGUGAUCACCUUCCAUGGUACGUACACACACGACACAUGCAGGCUGCCAUAGAACAUAGAUGAUUUGGCCUACCUAGGUAGGAAAAUUCGGUGUCUGACCUGGAAAAUUAGUGGAAAUUUCAGCUAAGCAGCAGGAUCGAAAUGGAAAAUUACAAAUUACUGGAACGGUUGGGCAAAGGUGCUCAAGGAUCGGUGUUUAAGGUGCAAAAUCACGCGGACCAGUGCACUUACGUCUUGAAGAAGGUGGAGUGCACAGAAGAAGGCGAAGCGAACAAAGCAUUCAAAGAGGCUAUGGCACUGCAAGACUUGAAGCAUCGCUACAUCUGUGGUUACAAAGAAUUCUUUGUCACAUGGGAUAAGGAAGAAUCUGCAAUGUAUGUCUGCAUUGUCAUGGAGUACUACAAGAUGGGGGACUUGGACAAAGCCCUGAAUAUCAAACGCAAACAGCAAGUGAAAGUCGAAGAAGUUGUUUUGAAGAAAUGGAUCGGUCAGAUGUUGGAGGCACUGGUAUUUGUUCAUAACAAGCAAGUCAUUCACAGAGAUCUCAAGCCUAGUAACGUGUUCUUGACUGAGAACCUGGAUGUCAGCAUCGGAGAUUUUGGCGUAGCAACUGUCAUGGGUGAUGCACGCACAAAAACAAGAACCACAGUGGGUUCCAUGAUAUGGAUGGCACCUGAAGUAUUGGAGAGACCUUAUGAUGAGCGUAGUGACGUGUGGUCGUUGGGAUGCAUCAUACUGGAGAUGGCAACUUGUAGAUUCCUAGAUCGUGCCCAGGUGAAUGCUGUCUUGUUUGACGUGAAGCAGUCUGUCAAUUUACUGGAGGAAAUAUUAGAAAAGGUUCAAGAGGAUUAUUCAAAAGACUUGGCACAGCUCAUCCGCGCUAUGCUCCGCAAAAACUUCCAGCAGAGACCAACUACAAGUGAGCUUUUAGAUCUUCCCUACAUCAAAGAGUGUCUAGCCCUCAGUCAGUCUCAUAUCGCCGAGAACAAGAAAGCAAAGAAGCAGAGUGCACUGGCUGUACCAAAAGGCACAGAUAUUCCUGGAACUAUCGAAUUUAUGAAAAAGAACAAGGACAACGAAGUUACCGUAGCCAAUGCCCUGACUCACCUCAACACCUUCAAAACUCCAGUGCUGACCAACGAGGCCAAGACCCUGGUGAUGAGCCUGAUGAGGGAACACGUGAAAGAUGUCAGCGUGCAGGUACAGGCCUGCCGUCUACUGCUUACACUAGUGUCUGCAGCUGACCCUGAGGAAGAUGGCGACGACGUUCUCUUUUCCAACAAACUCAUCAAGAACAUCACGCUGAGUAUGAAAGCUCAUGGUGCUUCCAAGGAACUCCAGAGUGUGGCCUGUUUACUUCUGAAAUCACUGGCCAUGAACGAGCAAGCUGCUGGCACAAUUGGAACACUCGGGGGCAUCCAAGACAUCCUAGCAGCAAUGAGGGGAUUUCCCAACGAUGCUGAUGUAUGCGCCCACGCCUGCAGCGCCCUCUCCUGUCUUACGAUAAAUGAGAAUAACUUGACCAUCAUUCGCGAGGAGAGUGGAGUGAAGGAUCUAAUGAACGCAAUGGGGACGCACAUGGAGGCAGCGAGUGUCAUUGACUCGGCAUGCACCGCGAUGUGGGGACUCUCGCUGGAAGAUGAAAACAUUGAGACAAUGGGGGAACACAAUGCAGCAGACUUGUUCCUGAGAGCCGUACAAACACACAUCAAGAAUCCUGAUGUAGUGAAGAAUGCUUGCAUGGCCCUGGCUAGCUUGGUCAGCGAGUCGGAGGAGAGCGCCUAUGCUGCAAUGAGCGAGAACGAGCAAAAUAAGAGCGGCAUCCAGGUGGUGACGGAAGCGUACAAGCAACAUCAUGACGAUCCUGAUGUGGCUGAAAACGUCUGCUGUUUCUACAUGGAGAUGUCUGAAAUCGAUGAUGGCUUGAUAGCUUUGAAAAAGCUGAACAUCGCCAGUGUCUUGAAAAGCAUUAAGACAAAGUUUGCGGACAAUGAGGAAAUAAUGUGCAACGUCCUAGAUGUGUUGGGCAAGCUGGGGGAAGGGGGCGGAGGAAAAGCUAGCGCCCGCCCCCAAUCAGCCAGAGACAAAAAACGAGGAAAGUGAGCUCCAGUGUGGGAAAAAUUCCUCGACUGAUCUGUACAAAGGGACAAAAAUUAAUCGAAAACCCUCCUUGAAAGUUUCUAUAGUGUAUUAACUGACAUUAUGAUAUCAUUUUUUAGAUAGCAAAAUGUGGUUUAAUUAAAGAAACACUUUGAAGAGCAUGCCAACAGGAAAACCAUGAUUGCACAGAUUUUUAAGAACAAAACAAGUAGCAUACUUCCGCACUCACUUUUGUUAGUUGCAAAGCAGACUAAUUUAAACCUCAGCUUUCCUUUAUGAGAACCAGACAACCCUAUAAAAGUAUUAUGCGUAGCAAUAUUUUUUUUAUUACAGUCCAAUAUAAAGACUAGAAAAGCCAAAUUUCAUCAUCUGCUGAGCAGGAUAUUUUACUGGCUAAUUCACCUACCUUUUAACAAGACGCUGUUUUGCCGCAAAAGUACCAGCUGAGCAGAUCUAUGGCUCAGGCUCUCGGAUGCUUUGUUUUCUCACUUUGUGAAUAUUAUGUAAAUACACGCAUUUGGUUCUAGAUAGGACAAUUUUUGUGAAGCCAGUAACUGUUCACUCACUUAGGAGAAUCUUCACAUGCAAACUUCUAAUAAAUACAUGUACAUGUUUUAGUGAGACAGUUCGCGACAGGAAAUGGAAAAGGCACGACAGUGAUAAAACUACCAAGGUUGUGUACUUGUGUAGAAUUUGUUGUCUUGAAAAAGAAAAUAUCUUAAAAUGCAUUUGCUUGAUAUUUUUGAGUAGGAAUCCCAACGAUAGAAGAGGCCAAUACGAUCUACACAUUUCUUUGGUGUCAUGGGCAGUAUAGUAGUACAUGUUAUUUACUAAUUAGACUUUGCAGUUAGGCGCAAUAGAUGUGUGCGUGUGCAUUAGAAGCAAUUCGGGAAUAAUUUUGUAGUUUUUUCUGUGGGAUAAACUCUAUGAUAUAUCAUGCUUCAUACAUUUCACACCGUACCGAACUCCAAUAAUUUAAUCGGAUAUUCAAAUAACAUUUCAAGCAAAAGAACUAUGAUAUUAGGGAUUGGAGAAAUUCUUCAAAAUCUGGGGCUGUGUUUAAAUUUUCAGGAGUCGGGUGUAUGUCGUUGUAGGUUUUUGUCAGCAUAUUACACCACUGCCACGUAAAACUGCUCUUGUAAUAUCACUGUAGCUGACGAAAAGCCAGCAAAACGUUUGGUUACUUGUUAAAAACUGCAUUCUUAAAAACUGGAUUAAAGUUUGGAACUUCUCUUUCUCAUGAAAGAUCCUCCUGCAAUAUAAUAUGUGCCGGUUAAUCCCUUUUGUUUUGAGAAAAGAAUGACGAUAGAUUCUUCCUGAUUCCGUCCGAUCAAACAGCAGCAGUUUUUUUUGUAUGUGUAAGAUUAGUUUCUUGAUACAAGAAAAUUACUUGGGUAUGAAAGUAAUUUUUGCCGAUAGUUCCGUCCGACCAACCUUUUUUUUUUUUAACACCGUCCGGUUUGAUGAACAACAUCCUUUAUUGUUUUCGUGAACUGUUAAUUUUCAUUAACCGUUUGUAUAUUUUGGUCACGAUCAAAUUGAUGAACGGGUCUUAUAUUUUCUAUGAAUAAACGAACGAAGAAGCGAA